AUGAAGGUGGAGGGCAAUUUGAGCGACGCGGGCGGCGGAGCAGGAGCGGGCGAGCGGGGCAGCAGCAGCAGCAGCAGCGACUGCUGCAUCUCACGGCUGCUGAGCGUGGUGGAGAGCGAGCUGCAGGCCGGUCGCGAAAAGGGAGACCCCACGGAGAAGCAGCUCAAAGUGAACCUGGAGGAGGCCGAACUCUGGCGGAAAUUUAAGGAGGUCACGAAUGAAAUGAUCGUCACCAAGAACGGCAGGCGAAUGUUCCCGGUUCUGAAGGUUAGUGUCUCUGGCCUGGACCCGAAUGCCAUGUACUCCUUCCUGCUGGAUUUCGCCCCCGCUGACUCCCACCGCUGGAAGUACGUCAACGGGGAGUGGAUUCCUGCUGGCAAGCCUGAACCCCACAGCCACAGCUGCGUGUACAUCCACCCCGACUCGCCCAACUUCGGGGCACACUGGAUGAAAGCACCUGUCUCUUUUAGUAAAGUGAAGCUAACCAACAAGCUGAAUGGAGGAGGACAGAUCAUGCUGAACUCCCUGCACAAGUACGAACCCCAGAUCCACAUUGUGCGUGUCGGGGGCAGCCACCGAAUGCUCACCAACAUCUCCUUCACGGACACACAGUUCAUCGCCGUGACAGCCUAUCAGAAUGAGGAGAUCACCGCCCUGAAGAUAAAGUACAAUCCCUUUGCAAAAGCCUUCUUGGAUGCCAAAGAAAGGAACCAUCCGAAGAAUGUGCUUGAGGCCGCGAAUGAGAGCCAGCAUGUUGGUAUAUCUCACUGUGGCUGGCUGAUCUCGAAUGCGGACACGCUGUGCACCUCCAGCGGCGGCAGCUACCCCUACAGCGGGGGUCUGCCUCUCACCCCCCCGCAUGGAUACGAGCGCUACCCCCCGCUCCGCGGCCAUCGUCCCGCCCCCUACCCCACCUCCUACAUCCACCACCGCAACCAUGGCUCAGGGUCAAGCAGUCCCAGUGGCUUACAGGUGUUCCCAGGACAUGAGAGCUGGACCCCACUUUCCCCCUCAGCUCACCCUGGCAUGCUGCCCGUCACCACUCCCUCCCCCUCCCCAGGGAGCAGCAGCCAGUACCCUUGCCUGUGGACUGUGAGCAGCUGCAGCGUUAACUCCUCCGGGCCAGCAGUGGGCAGUGUGAGCUGUGUUCAGGGGCAGAUGGUCCGUGCCGGUGGGACCUCAGCCACCUCCUCUCCAUGCUCCUUGCUGCAGGGCAACACCUCUGCUGCCAUGGAGACGGGAGUGGAGCAGCACACUCAUAUCAGGCUGGGCGGAGCCGGUUGGGCGGCCAUCUCCACCCACUCCUUCUGA